CACACUGGACACUGUUAUUGUUUUUAGUUGUAAUGUGAUAGUUUUGUUAUGUUUACAUUGUUUUUGAUGUAACCGCCUGAACGUCAUGAAUGACACCCCCGCCGGCAUGCCGGACCUGGCCAGCGUCUCCUUUGCAGACUUCGAGCCAAAGGCGGCCGAGGGCGAUGUGGAUGUAUCCUGCUUCCCGAGUUUCCGGCAACAGGUGAAACACUCGCUGGAUCUCUCGCUGGGCCAGAAGUCGUCGGAGAACCUCUUCGCCGCAGACCAGACGCCCACGCCGACACGGCUAAUCAAGAACUGCGAUGAGGUGGGGCUGUUCGAAGACCUGCAGCACGUGAAUCCCUUUGAUAUCGGGUUCCAGCGGGCUGCGGAGCAGAAUGUCUGCGGCAGCACUCCCAGUCGCCCAGAGGCGCCGCCUGUCGAAGGUGAAUCCCUGCACACGCCGCAGGUGUACCCCAUGGAGGCGCCAGCGCCUGGAAAUACACACAGCGACAGCUGCAGCAACGUGGACGUGGAGCAACUGUUGGCUAGCACGGAAGCCACCACCGAACAGCAGGCAGAGACAGGGCCACCGCCGUUACAGCUAAUCCAGCCGCAGGUCAUCACUUGGGUGCUGCCAACGCAGACAAUCAAUCCCCAACCGCCCGCGGAUUCCCAGCGCAUUAAGACUUCAGUCAGCAGCAGCAGCCGCCCCUACAUCCUGCCCAAGCCGAGUUCAAGGUCAUCUGACGGUGCCAGCAAGCGGCCAGAUCCCAUUCUCGUAUCAUGCAAUCCACCGCUAUCAGCUCCAGAGCCGAGCAGCGCUAGCCUGACUCCCACCUCCCAGUUGCCCAUCAAGGAGCGCCUCAAGGCCAUCCUGCACAGCAAUAACAACAACAGCAACAGACGUAAUUUCUCGACCCCCUCGAAGGCGACGAUGCCCAAGGAUAAGAGUCGGGACGAGGACUGCAUGGAGAGGCGGCGGGCAGCUGCCAGUCGGUAUCGCAACAAAAUGCGGAACGAGCACAAGGAUCUGCGGCAGCAGAAUGCCCAGCUGCAGCAGGAGAACCGGGAACUGCUGGAGAGAAUCGCCCGGCUAGAAAGGGAGCUGCAACAGCAUAAGAGUCAGAGCGCCUUGGCCGGUGCAAUGGCCAACCAGCUGCAGAUUCCUCCCUCCAGCAUCCAUUUGCUCAUCAAUGUGCCCAAUAUGCUAGUGCCUUCGCCCGCGGACAGGAAGUGAGGCCAAGAAGAUGCCU